AUGAAUCUUAUGAACUUUGGGCGUGAGCAAAUAGAAAAUGGUACACUGAACAAUAUGCUUCAACAAGUUGGUAUCAAUGAUGUAAAUAAGUUUGUGAGUCAAUUUCGAAAUAAGGUCAAUCAAGAAGCUGCUACAACAGGAAAUAUAAAUCAUGCAAGUGGCCAACAAGCAACCGGUAGUUCACAGCCUGAUUUUAUGUCUAUGGGAUCAUCAUUUCUUAAUCAGCUCAGUGGUGGAAAUAAUAAAGGGCAAAGCAAAGGCUCUGGAGACUUAAUGAGUGGAGCAAUGAGUGCUUACAAAAUGUUUUCGGGAAACAAAGCUAGCAGUGAAAAAGGUGCACAAAGUGCUAGCGGCGGUGGUAAUCCGGGUGAUAUAAUGAAUAGUGCCAUGAAAGCUUAUAAAGCAUUCUCUGGUGGCAAAGAAAGUGGCACUAGUGGUGGAGGUAAUAUCUUCGAUACGAUUGGUACAACUUAUGAAAAUGCUCAAAAUCUACAAGGUUUUCUUAAACAAUUAGAUAAAAAUGGUGACGGUAAAAUUACUAUUGAAGACAUUCAACUUCUUCUUCAAGGAUUAGGACUUGGUUCUGUUUCACCACAUAUUUCUAAAGCUUUAUUCAAAGCUGUUGAUCAAAAUGGAAAUGGUGAGCUUGACUUAACUGAUGUUAUGGCUUUGGCAGCCAUAAUUAAUAAACUGAAUAGUCGAUUUGGUUCAGGUGCACAGAAACAGGCGUGA